AUGGGCGAUAUUCACAGCAUGAGAACACCUCCGCUUCCAUCUCCGGCUCAGGCUCCCUCGCCUGUUGCCGCUCCUCAGUCCCACCACCGUUUCUUUUCCCAGACACUCUCCAGUUUUGCCCACGAUGAAAGCGCAUACUCAACUGGUGGCUUUUACGGAUUGGAAGAUGACAGUUGGAAAGCUAACGCUCCGCAUUAUUCUGCCCCGUUCGAACAGGCCGCGAAUCAUCGCCGAAUACCUGCCUCAACCAAGAAAGAGAAUUUGGAUGCAAGGAACAGAUCUGAGGAGGACCUGGUUCGCAGCCAGCCGACCCUGAAAGAACUCCGCCGGCAGAUGGAAGAUUUGCUUGCAUACCAGCAGAUGCGAAAUUCCGAGAACCAAGGCGCUUCAGUACCUCAAGAAAACGCUCCGUCGCAGGGUUCCGUUCCAUCCGUUUCCCAGGAGUCGACCAAGAAGAGACGAAUCUCAAAUGUAUUGUCGCCGCAAGUCGUACCAUCCCUUACAGGAGCGCCCGAUUCAGCCGGUUCCAGCGGCACAAUUAGAGGCACGGAUUCGCAGACAACUCCUGAAGCCUGUCCAGAUAGAACACCGUCUUACCCGUUUCCAGAGAUGCCAUCGCAAACCACGAAACAGAAGUUCUUCUCCCAGCUAAACAAUGGUUCCUUCAAGCUGACUUUGCCCGCCGAUAAAUUAAAGGGCGCUGUCGCAUCGCCGCAUGUCCCGAUCGAAGGGCAGACUGGCCCAGGGAUACCUUCCGCUUCCAACAGCGCCUUUGUGCCGCCAGACCACAAGCCUGUGGCGGAAGACCCGGCCUACCCAAGUCCGAACCUCUACGAGCUCACGCUACAACUUAAUGCCGAUCCAGGCCUUGAGGCCUGGUGGGCCAAUACUGUCCAUAUUCUGCGGACUCAUUAUGGAAUGGAGCGGGCGUCACUCGCUGUACCGGGGGACUCGACGGACCUGGAGAACGUUCCAUGGGGCCAGAAGGCGGUUUUUAAUGAAAAUAUUCCUGAAACAGACCUACCGUAUGGCUCAUUGAAUGACGCAAAUGCAACUGAGGAGUUAGAUCGGAACAUCCUCAAACAAACACACAAAGAAAAGGAGGUGUCCGCCGUGCCGGAAUUCGCGAAUGGACCCCCAAAACCAGCCAGCUCCGAGGCACGACCGCCGCUGUUAGCACGCCAUUCUUUUGCGGGAUUCGGCAAAGACAGAAAGAAGAAUGACGAAGAUGUACUGCUUCGAUCAAAGUGUCCAAUCAAAUCGGAUACACCGCACAGGAAAGAACAUAGGCGAAACCUGACGCCUGCCCAGACUGUUCCUUUGGACACUUCGAAUUCGUCUCAGCACACUGGCCGGCUCACUGUGUUUCAUACGACUAGGCCGCUGGAGGUGGAACCAGAUCCUCUGAUCAAGCGAACUGGCGUAGUGAAAUUAUUCGGGCGCACGAAACCUGUGAUCUUGACUCGAGAGUACUCUCACGCCUCGGCGUCUAAACUCCCUUUUGACGAACCUGUGCAAACUCCUGAAGAUAAAGUUCAAGUUACUCCUACGGCUGAGCCUUCUCACAUAUCUGCUCCAUUAAGCAAGGCCGUUUCAACAAACACAGGGGUGUCUGCUCUCCAAGCCCAGCGACUCCCUUUGAUGCAGUUCCUUGAUGAAUAUGAACAAGUCCCGCCAUCCCCUUGGUCUCAAUCGCCAGCUCCUUCUCCAGCGCCUCGCGGCCAUCCUGAGCAAAAUCCUUUCUUCUCCAAUCAUACUGUGGAUGAAACCGCUUUCGCCAAACAUCCGCCAUUACAUGAUUAUUCAAAUCCUGAUCCUUUAGAGGCCAUUGGUGUUGACCUGGCAAAAUCUGUUGUGCACAUCCCAUUACUACAUGCUGGGCCUUCAAAACAGUCGACUUCAUCGCCCUUGAGGUUCCCUGUCGCCGUGAUUUCGAUUUUAUCAUCAAUUAUACCGUAUCCUACCAACCUGAGACAAUCUCUAGCCUAUCUUAUGCCUCAUCUCACGACUUCAUUUUGUCUGGCUCAGCACUACAGUCAACUUGAACGGCAGUUUGCUUCUCGCCUGGAAGCUCCUCGCUUCCCCAAUUUCCUCGGCAUCGGCGGAACAUUCUCAGAUGAGAGCAGCGAGUUAGAACUCGCGGCUGGUCUCAGUAAUCAUGUCAGUUACACGGGACCGGAUGAUGGUUCUCUGUCCGCAAGGGCAAGUCUAUCUAGUCCCGAUGACAGAGCAAGCUCGAUCAAAUAUAGUCCCUCUGUUUCGGCGCUAGGGACUCCCUACCUUGAUCCGAACAUACCCGGCACAACCGGUAACGUACCUGAAUCCCCCGGACUAAGUGCGAGGCUUUCCGGGAAAGAACCAGACAGCUAUUUUGGGAUCCAACGCUCGAAAUCGACCCGUGAUUCUUCCAGCCAGCAUAAGUCCCGACUGGCAAGAGUCAAAGAGGCCGCGACUUCCCCUUCCGCUAUCUCGCCAGGAAAAGCAUGCGAUACUGUCACCCAAGAUCCAAAUAUUACGGUUCCCUCCCCUCAUGAAACUAAACCGUCGUCGAUCGUGUCACCGACGCAGACAUCUUCCCGACAUCACUCUAAUAACUCUUUCUACGCCCAGCUCCAACGCGAGUCGCGUCCGUUUACAGACGCUGUGGCGCAGCUCAUGCUAAAUUCUGUCCCAUUACAUCUCUUCCUAGCCAAGCCUCAGAGUGGAGAGGUUAUCUGGACCAACUCCAAAUUCGAUGCUUAUAGGCGGAGCCAACCUCAAGAGCAAAAGUCGAGGGAUCCUUGGCAGAACAUCCACGAUAGCGAACGCGAUAAUGUAGCUACGAAGUGGGCAAAAGCGCUACUUACAGGCUCACAGUUCACAGAACGUGUUCGCGUCAAAAGGUUCAACGAUGAGUCGGCCUACCGCUGGUUCAUUUUCCGUGCCAAUCCCCUGCUGUCAUCAACAGGUGAAGUCCUAUACUGGAUUGGAUCCUUUCUCGACAUUCAUGAGCAGCACGUCACUGAGCUGAAGGCUGCCCAGGAGCGAGAGAAGUUUGCAAUUGAUGCCAAGUAUCGCGCGUUCUCAAAUUCAGUUCCGCAGAUAGUGUUUGAAGCAACCGAAGUCAGGGGCCUUAUCUUUGUGAACGAGCAAUGGCAUUUAUACACAGGCCAGAAUCUUGAGGAUGCUCUCAACUUUGGCUUUGCAAAGCACGUACAUCACGAUGAUCUAGAAAAAUGUGGUUUACUCUCCAUUUAUCUCGCUUCCGGGGCUCAGAAGAAUGCCACAACAGCCCAGUCAUCGGAGCAGCCGCCUGAGCCCUCCGGACCGAGGGCAGAAAACCAAGAGGCUCGUUUUGGUAAUCGUCUAGAUGAACUAGUCAAGCGGGGUGUCGCUUCUGUACAGCGAGACGAAAAUGGUCGUGUAUUCUACUCGACGGAAAUCAGGCUUCGGUCAAAGGGAGGCGAUUUUCGAUGGCACCUUGUCCGCCUGGUUCGGGUCGAAACCAGCAGCUUUGGGAGCGGCGAGGCUUCCUGGUACGGCACUUGUACUGAUAUUAAUGAUCGCAAGAAUCUUGAAAGGGAACUCAACAAGGCAAUGCAACAGCUCAACAACCAGAUGGAAUCUAAGACAAAGUUUUUCAGCAAUAUGUCGCACGAAAUACGUACACCCCUCAACGGCAUCCUUGGCACCAUUCCAUUCAUUCUUGAUACCUCCCUAGACACAGACCAGAGGCGAAUGCUCGAUACCAUCCAGAACAGUUCGACGAAUCUCCGCGAAUUGGUUGACAAUAUUCUGGAUGUGUCUAGGGUUGAAGCUGGGAAAAUGUCGUUGGUCGGUUCCUGGUUUCAUGUGCGAUCGGUGAUCGAAGAUGUGAUCGAUACAGUCUCAUCUAGGGCAAUCGACAAAGGCCUUGAAAUGAACUAUCUCAUGGACGUGGAUGUUCCGCCUAUGGUUAUCGGUGAUAGGUUCCGUAUCCGACAGAUCCUGAUAAACCUUGUUGGCAAUGCAGUCAAAUUCACCGCUCAGGGGGAAAUUCAUAUCCGUUGUUCUAUCUAUCACGAUCCUAAUGCUAUCCACAAACCGACUGAGAUUCUCAUGAAUUUUGACGUUGUCGAUACUGGUAAAGGCUUCAGCGCUCAGGACGCCGAGCGUUUAAUGCAACGGUUCAGUCAAUUGGGAACGAACGCCUCACAACAGAAUGCGGGUAGUGGACUUGGACUGUUCUUGUCUAAGCAGCUGGUCGAGAUGCAUGGUGGCCGGUUGACACCGAGCAGCAAGGAAGGACAAGGUGCCAAAUUCUCGUUCUUUGUUAAGGUCGAUGCACCGCCGCCGCCUGCUCCUGGCGAGGGAAACCUUGCUCGAGAAACGCGUGCGCCUUCUAAAACCAGUUCUUUUCAGAAGUUGCUUUUCUCGUCUAAGGAGACAUUGGAUCCCAAAAUAUCGGAAGCUAUUGACCUUCAUUCGGCACCCGAAUCCCCGCUUUCCCAGCCGCCAAACAGUUCAGAGCCUUUUUCUCGCCUGGGUCUAGGCAGCUCAUCAGCGCGCUCGUCGUUUUCUUCCGCGUUGCUGACCCCUGAUUUACAUAGCUUUGACCCCAUGGCUAGAAUCGACGCCUCGAAAUCAGCAUCUACUCAACCUGAAGCCUCCGUUUCCCCAGAUUCCGGCAUUGCAAGUGAGGUUGAAACGACACCGCAGCCCCAAGAGUUAGACAGCACGUAUUCUAUAGUCAUCCUUUGCCCGUUGAAGAACACUCGCAAAGCAAUUACACAGCAUAUCGAGCAAGUGGUUCCGCAUGAAAUACAACACUCAAUCAUAUCGUUUAUUGAUGUCGAGGACUGGAAGGACUCAGCAGACUUUGAUUCUGGUUCUCGUAUUACUCACUUAGUCCUCAAUCUGCCUAAUGUUGAUGAGGUUCUGGAGGUGAUUAAUUAUGUUGCGGCUCGCGAACUACAUAUGGCACCUACUCUUGUUAUCAUAUCCGACCUCUAUCAGAAGCGGGAAGUCAACGCACAUAUCAAGCAGCUUUCUGCCAGCGGAAAGCGCGUCUUCACCGUUCCGAAGCCUGUCAAACCCUCUGCGUUUUCGCCGAUAUUCGAUCCUGGCAACAGGAGAGAUCUCAGCAAGGAUAGGAACCAAGAUAUGGCUCGUGCAAUUAACAAUAACUUUAAGACCAUGUCUAAGAUGGUGAAAGAAGUAAUCGGGAACAAGGGUUACCGGGUGUUGCUCGUUGAAGACGAUGAAACGAACCGCAUGGUUAUGAUGAAGUAUCUCGACAAGAUCAAGGUCAUGGCGGAAACCGCCGGCGAUGGGCAGCAGUGCACAGACAUGGUAUUCUCUAAAGAACCAGGAUACUACUCUCUAAUUAUCUGCGAUAUUCAAAUGCCCAUUAAGAACGGUUACGAAACUUGCCGCGAGAUUCGCAAGUGGGAAAUGAAGAAUCAUUACCCCCAGAUACCAAUCAUGGCCCUUUCGGCAAAUGCGAUGACGGACCAAAUUGAAGACGCCGCACGCGCCGGCUUCAAUGACUAUGUUACAAAACCAAUCAAGCACAACGAGCUAGGGAAGAUGAUGAUGGGCCUUCUCGAUCCCGGACGCCCGCUGCUUCUCCUCCGCGAUCGGCUUAAGGAAGGAAGUGAGGAAAGACAUCGCACUGGUUAA